ACAACUUUUUAAUAGUUAUUUAUUACUGUUGUUUCAACUAAAGCGACUUUUCUCAAUCAUAUUUCUUCUUAAAGUACAAUAUAGCAAUCACACAUCUUAUUUUAAUAAUAGUAUGACCUAAUUCUGAUAAAAAUAUAGACAACACAAAAAAGAAAUAUUCCAAGAUUUACUUGAAUACAGUUAACAUUAAUUCUGAACCACCUAGUGCAAUGAUCAUUCAGUGCAGCAAACUACAUAUACAUAAUUAAGCAUCGUGGUUUGUGAUAACUAAAUCAUUACCGGUGCCAAGUUUUAAUAUAAAGUAUUUAACCUUACAUAUAGUUCUAAUUUAACUAACGAGUGGCGUUCUUGCAUUUUAAACAUGGAAAUCUUUGAAAGAGUCUAUCGUAACUUAAUGAGAAAAUUAAAUGAACUACCUGUAACUGUUAAUAAAACUGUUGACAUUGUUAAUAAAUCUCUUAAUAAUGUAAGAGUACCUCCAUUAACAAGAGAUAAUGUACUUUAUUAUUAUAUGCCCAUGCAAGGGCUUGUUAGUUACACAACAUUGUCAGUGAGUGUUAUGAACCCACAUCUAAUGGUCAGAUUAUUUCCUCGUCGAGAUAUCACAGACAUCCUCUUCUUAUCAGCGGGUGGUGGAGCUGGGCUUUGGCUCUGGGCAAGACCUCAUGUAGCUGCUGCUGCACCAGCUAGACGGUUUUCUUGGGCAUUUUUAGGAGGUUGUCUCUGGCCACUAGGAUCAAUAUUUCUAUGGGCCAUUUUAAGAAGUUCAAUUGGCCAAAGACCUGUUAUUGGUACUAUUAUUGGUGUGUCAACAGGAGCAAUGCUCACCAAUAUAGCAGUUGACUAUUUUCAAUAUAUAGAACUCAUGUUUUGUGGAGAGAUUCGGUUACCUGAUGAAACAUACAGCCCAAAUAGUGAUGAUGAAAAAUAUGAUAUUGAUCUUUAAGGUAAUAAGUUAUAUAUAAUAUAUAUAUUAAAUAUUUUAGGUAAUGCAAUUUGUUAUUUAUUUUGUGCAAAAUAAGUUUCAUUUCCAUACUAUUUCAAUGUAAAGUAUAUUUUAUCUUCUGCAUCAAUCCUUAUACUAAGUAAGACCUGUUCAAUAUUAUAUUGAAAUUUAUAUUAUUUCUUGGAAACAAUAAGUAAUAUAUACAAAUGCUGCAUAGGUGUAUUGAGUAAAUGAUUAGAGUAGUAUGUUCUGAUUAUCUCCUCUUUUAUGCUUGAAAAAGUACGGUUUCUUCUCCUAAUUAUAAGUUUAAUGUAAUAUUCAAUUUGUAUCUAGUCUUGUGCAAUUGUUAAUUAUACUGUUAUUUCUGCUGU